GUCGGAUACAAAACAAACAGCAAGCCAUUGAAAAUAACUAAAAUAAUUGUCGUAAAUAAUUUACAAAUCACUUUCGUAAUCUUAAUGAUAUUUGCCAUCUUCGAAGCGUACCGAAUAGAUUUACAUUACCAGAACAUAAGUUCAACAUAUUCAAAAAGUUGAGUAUCACCAAUACGUUAAAUUCCGCCAAAUAUUUAUGAAAUGACAUCAUUCGCUACCAUUAGAACCUAGAACCUGGUAAUUGCACGUUAAAAUCAUCGCAAGCAAAUGAAUUGAUAAUCAAAAAAUUGAAAAUGAAUUUUGUAGCAACUUUUCUCGUUAGUUUAAGUUUGAUACAAAGUGUCAUCAGUACUGGAAUAUUUGUAGUACAUUUACUGACUUACAUAAACUAUAAUGGUUACAAAAAUAAUAAAAUGUGCUGUGAUGAUACCAAAGAUUGCUAUAUGAAUCCAUGUGAUCCAAGAUUGACUGUAUGCUUUUCAUCAGCAAUGGAUAUAAAAUAUAUUAAUCAAGAGAAAUGUGAUAUAGGAUAUUAUGUUACAGAUCAAUAUGUAGAUAAAAAUGAAAUUAAUUUUGGUUCUAUUUUGGGAUCAAACCUACAAAAUCCUCUAAAUAAUAUAUUUGUUGGAAAAUGGAAAAACCUAGUUCAUAUAUUAUUUCAAAUUGAUGACAUUGAUUCUGAUACACAUGAACUUAUUGAUGUUUUAAAUACAACUGUAUCAGUUAAAGCCACUUUAUUUGAAGAGACUUCUUUAAAUACAUUUUAUUCAAUUCAAGGAGAUGUUUCAGCGAUUAAUUUUACAGUAUCUGCAUAUUGUUCCAAAUAUUAUUAUGGUAGUGAUUGUCUUAAGUAUUGCAAAGAAAUUCCAAAUCAGUAUGGUUGUGAUAAAUCAGGUUUUAAGAAAUGCCAUGAAUAUUGGUUUGGUUAUGAGUGCUCUGUUUUUUGUAAAGCCAGUAAUAGCUCUUCAGAUGGUCAUUUUUAUUGCACAAGUGAAGGGCAAAAAGUAUGUCAUCCAGACUGGUAUGGUGAUAAAUGUGAUACAUUUUGUGGCAAAGAUAGCAGAUAUACAUGUAAUGUUUUUGGUAAAAAAGUUUGCCAUAAUAAUUUUUUUGGAAUUGAUUGCAGCACUUACUGUCAUAAAUCUGAAGGCGACCAUUUUAAUUGCAGCCAAAGUGGACAGAAAAUCUGCUACAAAAAUUGGUAUGGAAGCAAUUGCAAUAAAUCUUGUAUUGAAACAACUCAUUUUCAUUGCAAUCCUGAAAAUGGUGAAAGAAUUUGUAGCGACAAUUAUUUUGGCUUAUUAUGUGAUAAAUACUGCCAUGCUAAAAGUACUGAUCAUUAUAAAUGUGACAAAACAGGAAAUAAAGUUUGUUUUGAACAUUACUAUGGAAAAGACUGCACUGUUUAUGUUCCUUCGUUGCCAAAAAAGGAAUCUGUUUGUGUUGCAAGUGGUUUAUCUUUUAUUAAAACAUUUGAUAAUCGUUAUUUGACAUUUCCUGGAGUAUGCACUUAUCAACUUGCUGCAGAUUGCAUCGAUGAUACUUUUGCCAUUCACAUGCGCUAUAGUUUGAGCCAUGAUAAUCAGUGGGUAACAUUAUAUUUAGGAGAUAUUGAUAUUCUUUUAACAUCAAAUGAAAUUUUCGUAAAUAGCCAAUCUAUAACUCUUCCAUUUACAAGAAAGAGCAUUUUUAUUGAAAAUAUAGCUGGUUAUGUUGUUAUUGAUGGAUGGAAUGGUUUAGGUGUUAGAUGGGAUGGUAAGUCUCUUUAUCUUGAAUUACAUCCAAUAUACGCAAACAAGACUUGUGGUUUAUGUGGAAACUUUAACGGAAAUCCAGUUGACGAUAUUGCAGAUAUAAAUGGACAUAUAACUGAAUCACAAUCUACUUUUAUUAAAAGUUGGAAGAGAACAAAAGUAGGAGAAGUGUGCGUUUUUGAUAAAGAAGUUAUGCACAACUUAGAUCUUUUAUUAUCUGAUGAAGUAAAAAGAUCAAGUUCUCAAUGCAACAAACUUGUUGAUGCAUUAGAAUUUAAAGUUUGCAACAAAAAAGUGAGUCCUGAUCCUUAUUUAAAAAAAUGCUUAGAUUGUGGCAGUACACAAAAUUGCGUAUGCAAUAUUUUGACAGAAUAUUCUAGAGAAUGUGGGAGAAAGGGUAUAGUGCUAAACUGGCGUCAAAAAAAUUUUUGUUAUAUAAAUUGUUCAAAUGGUUUUGAAUACACUGAGUGUGGUUCACUAUGUACAAAAACCUGCAAAAAUUUUCAUCAGAAUUUACCUUGUGAGCAUAAAUGCGCAGAUGGUUGCUUUUGUCCUGAUAAUUUGGUAUUGCAUGAUAAUAAAUGUAUUGAACCAUCACAAUGUCCAUGUGAUCAUAAUAAGAAGAUUUAUAUGAGUGGUUCUAAAAUAAAUCGAGAAUGUAACAACUGUACAUGUACUAAUGGUCAGUGGGACUGUACAAAACAUGCAUGCAAUGGUCGAUGUUCAGGAUUUGGCGGUGUACAUUUUAUAUCCUUUGACGGAAAAUGGUUUGAUUUUAAUGGUGUCUGUGAAUAUAUGAUGGCAGGAGACUGUAUGAAUGAUAGCUUUAAAAUAUUAUUAGACAAUACUGGAUGCAGUUUAAAGGAUUCAAGUGCCUGCAUGAAAGCUAUAUCUGUACAUAUCAACAGCUCAAGUAUUGUACUUAGGCAUGGUAAAAUGGUAUCUGUGAAUGGUGUAUCUGUAAAAAUGCCUUAUUUUGGCUCAGGUUUUAAAAUCAAGCAGGUCUCAUCAAUUUUUGUAUUGUUUACCUCAGACAUUGGAGUUGAGGUUUUAUUUGAUGGGGAGGCUCAAUUUCAUGUUACUUUGUCAGCUCAGUUUAAAAAGAAAACAUGUGGUUUAUGUGGAACAUUUAAUGAUAAUCAGAUGGAUGAUUUUGAUACUAUAAAAGGUAUUCGAGAAACAAAUGCUAUUAGCUUUGGAAACACAUGGCAAUAUAAUUCUAAUUGCAAGAUUGCAACUCUGCAAAAGCAUCCAUGUGAUAUCGAACCACAAAGAGCUCAUGUUGCAGAUAAAAAAUGUAACAAAAUUAGGCUUUCUCCUUUCGAUUCUUGUCAUCAUGUGGUUGACCCUAAUAGUUAUGUUGCCACAUGUCGCUAUGAUGUCUGUGGUUGUUAUGAUGGUGUUAAAUGUUUAUGUGAAGCUAUUGCUGCUUAUACCAAAGAGUGUGCAGAACGUGGCGUUGUAAUAGAAUGGAGAAAUAAAAAUAUAUUGCCUGAAUGUGAAGUAACUUGUUUACCUGGACUAGAGUACCAAGAAUGUGGGAACAAAUGUUUAGGUUCAUGUUCUAAUAUUGCCUCAGAUUGUGUUGAGGGGUGUAUAGCUGGAUGUAACUGUCCUAAUGGAACUUUGCUUAAUGAUCUUGGAACAUGCGUUCCAAUUGAUGAAUGUUCUUGUUUUGAAAAUGGCAUCAGUUAUCCUAGUGGAUAUUUGAUUGCUCGUGGUAACUGUGAAAAAUGUAAAUGCUUAAAAGGACAAUUUAAUUGUACUAGAGAUGAAAAGUGCUCCAGUCAACAGUGUCCACAUUCUCAGAUUUGGGGAAAGACCCAAGGAUGUUAUAAAACAUGCGAGACAAUUCAUUUACCUUGUUUGAACAAUGUUAAUGUUGCCGGAUGUCAUUGUCCUAAUAAUACUGUAUGGGAUUCAUCAAGUUCUAAAUGUGUUGAGCCGGAACAAUGUCCUUGUCAUCACAAUGGUCGUACAUACCAAAAUGGGGCAUCUUUCACUUGGGAUUGCAACAAAUGCUUUUGCAUAGAGAAAAUGUGGAAAUGUACUGCUAAUACCUGUCCUGGUACAUGUUCUGUUUAUGGAGAAUCACAUUUGACAACUUUUGAUGGAAAAAUGUUUAUGUUUGAAGGAAAAUGCAGUUAUAUCUUAGCUGAAGAUAAUUGUUUGCAUAAUAAUGGAAGCUUUAGCUUGCACACACAAAAUGUUGCAUGUGGAGGUUCGACUUGCACGAAGUUGAUAACAUUAACAGUAAAUGACACCAUGCUAUAUUUUGAAAAAUCUCAAAAAAUCAGAGUGCUUCCAUCUUUUGGACAUUUUAAUGCAACUGCAAGAAUUAAAAUUAUUGAAACAACAUUUUUUAUAAUAGUUCAUACAGAAUUUGGCAUCACAUUAUUAUGGGACACAGGGACACGUCUUAUUCUAAAGUUGGAUCCAAAAUUUAGAGGAAAGACUUGUGGCUUGUGUGGAAACUUCAAUGAUAACCAAUUGGAUGACUUUACAACACGACAACUUGAUGUAGUUGUCAGUGCAGAAAAUUUUGUUGAUAGCUGGAAAGUUCAUUCUGCUUGUCCUGACUCAAAAGUUCCUGUUCACCCAUGUUUUAUACACAAAAGUAGAGCAUCCUGGUCUCAUAAACAAUGCAAUAUAAUUAAUCGCGAGAUUUUUCAAUCAUGUCAUGAGGUGGUUGAUCCACAACCAUAUUUUGAUGCAUGUUUUUAUGAUGCCUGCAGUUGUGAUAUGGGUGGAGAUUGUGAGUGUUUGUGCACAGCCAUUGCUGCCUAUGCAGAAGCUUGUAAUUAUCAGGGAGUGAACAUAAAAUGGAGGUCUCAGGACUUAUGUCCUAUCCAAUGUGAAACAUGUCAAGAGUAUAAAGCUUGUGGUUCUUCAAACCCAUUAACAUGCAGAAACAUUUGUUCCCCAAAACUUAACUUACCAAUUGAUUGUGUUGAAGGUUGUUUUUGCCCUAACAAUACUGUCUAUCAUAAUAAAAAAUGCAUACCACAAGUGGAAUGCCCUUGUUUUGUUAACGAUAUAGAAUAUGCUCCUAAUACCUUGUUUAUUAACAACUGCCAGCAAUGCCAAUGUAUAGAUGGCUGCUUUCAAUGCACAGGUGAAAUUUGUCCGACUUAUGCUCCAUCAUCAACAGAAACAAAUAUCUUAUUAUCUACAUCAACUAAAUCAAGCAAGUCAGAUCAAACAACUUUAACUAACAGCCAAACCAUAACAUCAAAUGAGAUUAAAACAACAACACCAGUUAGUACUUUAUCAUCUGUCCAUUCAACAAGCGAAGUAACAUCAGUUACUGUGUCUUCUCAGGCAACAACCUCUUUGCCCCUUACAACUUCCUCCUCAAGAUCAAAGUCGACUUUAUCACGUGGUUCAGAAGAGAUUUCUUCUACUACCACUUCUACAUCUAUCAUUACUGAUGAUCAGAAGAAAACCUCUGGAGCACCAUUGAAAUCUGAUUCUUCAACAUACUCAACUUCAACUGACUCAUCAACAUCCCAGUCAAUUUUACAAUCUUCUAACCCAACAGUUACCACAACUUUAUCUUCAUCACCAACAACAACUGGAAAAGUAAAUAAAAAUACGUCAAGUGCAACCUUAUCAUCAACUACAACUUAUCCAAUAACAAGCCAAUCUAGUUUAAUUUCAAGUUCAACUGAAUCAUCAGCACCUUCUACCACUUCAUCUAGUGUUCCGAUCUCUACAUCAUCAACAUCAACAACUAAAGAAACAACAGAAAAAAUAAAUGAGAAAACCUCGAGUACAACUUUAUCAUCAACAGGUAUACCAUCUACAACUACUUCUUUUUCAUCAACAGUUUCAGAUAAAACUACAACUCAUCCAACAACAAGUCAAUCUAGCUCAGUUUCAACUUCAACUGAAUCAUUAACACCUUCUACUACUUCAUCUAGUGUUCCAAUCUCUACAUCAUCAACAUCAACAACUAAAAAAAUAACUGAAAAAACAAAUGAGAAAACCUCGAGUACAACUUUAUCAUCAACAGGUAUACCAUCUACAACUACUUCUUUUUCAUCAACAGUUUCAACAAUAUCAGAUAAAACUACAACUCAUCCAACAACAAGCCAAUCUAGCUCAGUUUCAAGUUCAACUGAAUCAUUAACACCUUCUACCACUUCAUCUAGUGUUCCGAUCUCUACAUCAUCAACAUCAACAACUAAAGAAACAACAGAAAAAACAAAUGAGAAAACCUCGAGUACAACUUUAUCAUCAACAGGUAUACCAUCUACAACUACUUCUUUUUCAUCAACAGUUUCAGAUAAAACUACAACUCAUCCAACAACAAGUCAAUCCAGCUCAGUUUCAAGUUCAACUGAAUCAUUAACACCUUCUACCACUUUAUCUAGCGUUCCAAUCUCUACAUCAUCAACAUCAACAACUAAAGAAACAACAGAAAAAAUAAAUGAGAAAACCUCGAGUACAACUUUAUUAUCAACAGGUAUACCAUCUACAACUACUUCUUUUUCAUCAACAGUUUCAACAAUAUCAGAUAAAACUACAACUCAUCCAACAACGAGCCAAUCUAGCUCAGUUUCAAGUUCAACUGAAUCUUUAUCAGCAUCUUCUACCACUUCAUCUAGUGUUCCGAUCUCUACAUCAUCAACAUCAGCAACUAAAGAGACAACUGGAAAAAUAAAUGAGAUUACGUCAAGUACAACUUUAUCAUCAACGAGUAUACCGUCACCAAUAUCAGAUAAAACCACAACUCAUCCAACAACAAGCCAAUCAACUUCAGUUUCAAGUUUAGCUGAAUCAUCUUCUACAACUUUGUUAAAAACAACUUCAACUACUGAUAUUUCAAGUAGUUUAACAUUCACAAAAACUCUCUCCAGCUCUCAUGCUUCUACAUUAAGUUCAACUAGUAGUACUUCAUCUCAUUUACCAUGCAAAGUUUCUCCUUGGAAAUAUAUGUGCUUAGGUGACAACAGUUGUAUAAAUUCAACCCAAGUGUGCGAUGGUAAAAACGAUUGCGUUGGGGGAAAUGAUGAAUAUGAAUGUCCAUCGUCAUGUCCUCUGUGUUCUAAAGAGAAUUUUAAAUGUCAUAAAACUUGUCAAUGCACAAGUAUUUACUUUGUUUGUGAUGGAAAUAAAGAAUGCAAUGAUGGCUCUGAUGAAUUGGGCUGUCCUAUUCCAACUACAACUGUGACAUACACAACAACUAAUAUUAGGAUCUCAACAACAAUUGGAACAAUUCCAGCUUGUCCGAACAAUAAAGUGUAUCAGCAAUGUAGCCGGAACUGCAUUAAUUUAUGCAGCUACCUAUUAAACAACUGCUAUGAAGAUAGCCGUGAGUGCAACCCAGGAUGUGGAUGUGAAGACGGAUUACUAAAUAAUGGGACACAUUGUGUUCUUCCCUCCUCUUGUUCAUGUUAUGAUCCUGUUUCUAUGGUUUACCAUAAAGGAGGAGAUCAUUGGGAAAGAAAUUGUCAUACAUGUUCAUGUUUUAACAACAGUAUUAAUUGUGUUUUAAAGGAUUGCCCAAACUUGUAUUGUCCGCCACCACAUUCUAUAGUCAGUGAUGGAUGUUGUCCAAAAUGCAUCUUAGGUACAUCUCCACCUACUACCAUAGUGACUUCCACUGUUCGAAAUUGUUUAAAUGAUGAGUUUAUGUGUAGUGAUCAUAAGUGCAUUCCAAAUGAUUGGUUGUGUGAUGGAGAGAGAGAUUGCUAUGAUGCUGGUGAUGAAAGAACUUGUGAGGCCAAGAAGCCAAGCUGUUUUCAGCCUGUUGGUGUCUCAUUAAGUUCAGUAAUACCGGAAAGCCAUUUUUCUGCUAGCUCAUCACGUGGAAGUCCUUAUCGUCCAUCAAAUGGUCGAUUUAAUCUUGCUUCUCAUUUUACUGUUAGUGCAGGUGCAUGGUGUGCUGAAGAGCAUAAACCUCCUCAUUGGCUGCAAAUUGACUUAGGAAAAGACUUUUAUAUUAGUCAUAUUGGUAUCCAAGGUCGGCAUUUGGUAUUGCAGUUUGUCCAAAGCUUUCUGUUAAAAUACAGUAUGAAUGGAUAUACAUGGGACACUUAUAGUUAUCAUGGUCAAGUUCGGGUUUUCCAAGGAAAUCGUGAUCCAAUUUAUGCACAAACUGUCAAACUAGAACAUAAAGUUCUUGCACGCUUUACACGUAUUGUUAUUGAAAAAUAUAUGCAACAACCAUGUAUGCGUAUUGAACUUUAUGGUUGCUCCUUUUCACAAGCUACUACUCCAGUCACCACCACAGAAAUUAAUACAAAAGCGCCAACAUGUCGUGAAUUUAAAUGCAGUAAUGGUAAUUGCAUUGUUAAUCGUUGGGUGUGUGAUGGGAAAAAAGACUGUUUAGAUGGUCUAGAUGAAAGUCAAGCAACUUGUAAUCAAGUUUGCAGUAAUGAUGAGUUUCAAUGCCAAUCUGGGUAUUGUUUGUCAACAGAACACGUUUGUGAUGGUGAUACUGAUUGCUUUGACGAAAGCGAUGAAAAAAACUGCACAGAGAAAGUAUGUGAUCAAUUCAAAUGCCCAAAUGGAAAAUGUAUUUUAUCAAGAUAUGUUUGUGAUGGUGAAAAAGAUUGUCCGACAGGUGAUGAUGAAUUUAACUGCACAAAAACAACUCCUCAAUUUACUACAAUAUCAACACAAACAAUGCCAUGGUGUAAUGGUUUUCGGUGUUUUAAAACUAAUUUGUGCAUUCCUUUUGAGUAUAAGUGUGACGGAUACAAAGAUUGCAGGUUUGGAGAGGACGAAACUUGUUGUACUAGUGAUAAGUUUUUAUGUCCAUCAAACUCUGAUGGAUAUUUUGGCAAUUGCAUUCCAAAGAGAACACUGUGCGAUGGCUACCAAGAUUGUGCUGAUGGCUUUGAUGAAGUCAACUGCACAUACACCACAACUAGUGCAAUAGUUACAACUCCAAGAGGCUCUACUCAAAAACUAGCUACAACAUCUUUUUCUACAAUUUCUCAAGGAUCCACUUUCUCGACAACUCAUGCUUGCUUGAACAAUAGUGUUUGCUUGUGUGAAAACACAUGUGAUAGUCUUUCAAGUAACCCACAGGGUUGUGCACAGUUAAACUGCUUUAAAGAUUGCACAUGUCCUCAUAAUUAUGUUCGAAACAAUGAGACAGGAUAUUGUCAUCAAAAUAUUAACUGUCCAUGUGUUCAUUUGGGGAAGAUUUAUGGUAUAGGAACCACUGUUAUGCUAAGAAACUGUACUGUUUGUCAAUGCAUGUUACAUGGUUUUCAAUGUGUCUCUAUGUGUGAAAAGCAGUCUUGUCCUGAUGGGUUUGAAAUGUAUUACCCCCUGGAUGAAUGCUGUAGCUGCAGAAAAAAAACUGUUUGUCGAAGUGAUCAAGUUGUUUCUGGGUGUGCUUGUCCAACAACAUGUGAACAGCAGGUGAAUAAAACGUGCGAUGUGUCUAACUGUCAAAAGGGAUGUGUUUGUCCAAUGGGACAACAUGAUAAUGGAACGCAUUGCAUUCCAGCAGAAAAAUGUUAUUGUCUUGACAACCAGAACAAAGUUUAUAAAGCAAACAUGAGCUGGGAACAUGGAGAAUGCGACAUUUGCAAAUGCGCUAACGGAAAAAUUUCUUGUGGAAAGUUAUGCAAGUUCACCGCAUGUCCUAUUGGGUUUGAGCUAUUAACAAUACCUAAUAGUUGCUGUGAAUGUGUUGCAAAAAGUUCUAAAUCUCCCACAACGUCACUCUCACCUACUGUUUCAAAUACUUUUACUACCGUUUCAAGUUCUUUUUCUUCUACUUCGACAACAAAGCAUCCAACAAAUGUUUGCAAUAUGAUUGACUUUAAGGAGCUUUAUACCGAUGCAGAAAAAUGUUCGUCAGAAAUUACCCGAAGCACUUGUCACGGAGCUUGCGAAGUUUCAGUUAUAAGUGACUUUAUUAAUGGUCCCAUAAUGAAAGAUUGCUCGUGUUGUAAGCCAACUGCUCUUUAUAAUACCACGGUCACUUUAAAUUGCCUCGACGGACGAAAGAAAAGUUUCAUGUAUAUUAUGUUUAAGGACUGUUCAUGCCUUCCAUGUGAUUCAUCUCCAUUUCGAGAUGUACCUCUUUCGAACUGAUAUUAGCUCUGAGUUUAAAGCUUUUUUAUUUUAUUUGUGUUUGUUUUUAAUUCUUUAUUAUUUUUUUGUUUUUGAAGACAACAUGACACAAGUUCGGUCGAAAAUAUUCUUUCUUUAUUUUAAAUUAAUGUAUAAAACUGAGUUAUAUAUUUGUUUCUUUUUUUUUAAAAAAAAGCAUUUGUUAAAAGAUUAUUUAUUUUUAGAUAUAAUACAUAAAUAUAUAUAUAUAUAUAUAAAUAUAAAGAUAAUUGACUAAUAUUAAAAUAAAUUGACCCAGGUUUAGCCACAGACAUUUUACAUACGCAUUUAAUAUAUUGACUUUUGUAAGAAAAACUAUUUUUUUAUCUGGUAUACUAUAUAAAAUACAACUAUUUACAUAAUGUAACACACAAUAUCAUUUUUGAACACAAUAUUGUUAAUUACUAGCUCAUUAUGUUAUAUUUUAUAUUUUAUGCGUAUAUUUAUUUAUUACGCGUACAUCAUUGAAUACAUCACAAAAGUUUCUCUGGUUGAAUGAAAUAAUUUUUAACUUUAGUAGAAAAAUGAAAAAAUGCCAACCAAUGAAGGAAGGCAAUAAUGAAAA